AUGAAGAUUCUCAUGUUAGGAGUUGAUAUAGACAUUUUACCUUUAGAUGUGCAAAAAGUGAUCAUUGGUGAAGAAGAGAAGCAGGAGUGGAGCUCAAGUCUGCACCAGGAGGACCCAGAUCCUCCACACAUUAAAGAGGAACAGGAGGAACUCUGGACCAGUCAGGAGGGAGAGCAGCUUCAAGAACUGGAGGAGGCUGAUAUCAGCAAGUACAUAUUGACUCUUGUUCCUGUGAAGAGUGAAGAGGAUGAAGAGAAACCUCAGUCCUCACAGCUUCAUCAAACACUAACUGAGCAGAUAAAAUCAGAAGCUGAAGGAGAGGACUGUGGAGGAUCAGAACCAGACAGGAACUCACAUCCAGAUACACAUUUACAACCUGAUACUGAUGACAAGACUUCAGACUCUUCUAAACUUGACACUGAUGGCAGUGAUUUUUGGAAAGAGACAAGACAACAUCCGUCAGUCUCUGACAGUCAUGUGAGGCGUAAGACUGACAGGAAACGAUUAAACCCCUCUGAGAACGAUAAAGCUUUUACAGAAAGAGAAAGUCUGAGCCAAUACAUGCCAUUACACACAGAGGUAAACAGGGAGGUGAAGAAGGAGGACCCAGAUCCUCCACACAUUAAAGAGGAACAGGAAGAAGUCUGGACCAGUCAGGAGGGAGAGCAGCUUCAAGGGCUGGAGGAGGUUGAUAUCACCAAGUUCACAUUCACUCAUGUUCCUGUGAAGAGUGAAGAUGAUGAAGAGAAACCUCAGUCCUCACAGCUUCAUCAAACACUAACUGAGGAGAUAAAAACAGAAGCUGAUGGAGAGGACUGUGGAGGAUCAGAACCAGACAGGAACUCACAUCCAGAUACACAUUUACUACCUGAUACUGAUGAUAAGACUUCAGACUCUUCUGAACAUGACAGCGAUGACAGUGAAACAGAGACAGAAGACAGUGAUGAGUGGAAGGAGACCAGUGAACCUCAGUCAGGUUGUAAUGAGUUGAAAUCUGAGUGUUUUAGCCAAAAGGGAAACCUGACCAAACAUUGGAGAACUCACACAGAGGAGAAACCUUUCAGUUGCUCAGUUUGUGGUAAAACAUUUGUUAGCAAAGGAUCUCUUAAGAGACAUUUGAAAAUUCAUACAGGAGAGAAUCCAUUUGGUUGCUCAGUUUGUGGUAAAAUAUUAGUAUGCAAGGGGUCACUUAAGAGACAUAUGAGAAUUCACACAGGAGAGAACCCCUUUAGUUGCUCAAUUUGUGGUAAAAGACUAGUAUGCAAGGGGUCUCUUGGGAGACAUAUGAAAACUCACACAGGAGAGAAACCCUUUAGCUGCUCAGUUUGUGGUAAAAGAUAUGUAUGCGAAGUGUCUCUCAAGAGACAUAUGAAAUUUCACACAGGAGAAAAACCUUUUAGCUGCUUAGUUUGUGGAAAAAGAUUUGUUUGCAAGGAGUCUCUUAGGAAACAUAUGAGAAUGCACACAGGAGAGAAACCCUUUACCUGCACAGUUUGUGGUAAAUCUUUUACUCAAUUCAACCAGGAGGUAACCUUACAGCUUCACAUGAGAACCCACACAGGAGAGGAGACAUUUAGUUGCUCUGAAUGUGGUAAACUAUUUGCUUUAAAAAUAUAUCUCAAUAAACACAUGAAAAUCCACACAGGAGAGAAGCCAUUUAGCUGCUCUGACUGUUUUAAAAGAUUUAAUAAAAAGGGAAAUCUGCAGAGACACAUGAGAAUUCAUUCAAGAGAAACCACAUAG